UUACCACAUAAUAAUUAUUGUCAAGAUGUCUGAAAAGACUACUCUUGUGAACUGUAAUGUUCAGCUUGUUAAGUGUAUUUCACGGGCCCCUAAAGACAUUGCUGAUCGACUAAAGGCAUUUCUGUCUCCUGAAGACGAGAGAUUUAUCGCCCAUCAAAUGCACGAUGAUGCUGAAAAAGCUAGGAGAAUAAUAGCAGCUGUGAACACUAGGCUUGACUUUGGCAACCAAGAAAAGAAAACCCGUGUAUUUCUAGAGUUUGUGGAAGCGUUACAUUCAACUGGACUGUGGACGAAGGACUUGGUGGAAGCUCUAGAAGACGAGUACAAGAGUCUGACUGGGACGGCCUUAAACAAAGGAAAUGGUGAUAGAGCUGAAGCAAAACCUCGAUCAGCUGUACAAGCACUCACGAUUGAAGCACUCAUUCAAGGCACUGAAGGACUCACUGAAACUAAACUCAAGAAAUGUAUUGAAGACAGACACUUACAGUCUCUAGCAGGAUAUUUCGAUCGUAUUGAUGGCUACCUUGAUAAAUUCGAACUGAAACCAGGCAAGCAAACAGACAUCAAAGAUCUGUAUCAUCUUAGAGGCACACAGACGGCAAUGGUGGAAGCUUUGAAACAAUGGCGAAAUCCUAAUCCCUUUGCUGCAACCUAUCGUGCCCUGUUGGAGAUCAUGCUGGAUAUGGAUAAAGGAUACAUAGCUACUGGGAUGGCAAAGCACAUCGCCGAGAAAGUGAUGUAGUACUGAUGCAGUUCAGGUGUAUGUCGAUCAUGACUCUUUUAUAUAUAUGGUAGGUUUUUAGUGAAAUGACAGAAUUAGGUUUGUGCUAGUUUUUUUGCCUUUCACAUUCAUUCUGUGUAAUCAAUUAUACCAUUAUUAUACUAUGUUUGGCUACCUA